AUGCCGUGGCAGCUACGACGUCCGGGUUUCCCAUUAUCGACAAGCCGGGCCAAGGAGGAACGACAGGUGUUUGGGAUGGACAGGUCCUUGGGAAGAGUACAACCUGCCGGCGAGCGCCCACGGCUCCAAUUAGACGGCGCAACUCUCGGUCAACUUGUGAGGGCGCAUGGAGAACCCCGCUCCUCUCGGCCAGCAAUCCCACAGUCCGCCCCCAUCCCACUCUUCCUAUUCCCCUCCCGCAACCCGGCCGCUGCAUCCAGACCAAACUCGCAAAACCCCCAUCCCAGAGCUGCAACCUGGGAUCCGAUCCCUCCAGCAACCGCGUCCAAAUGUCACCCUACCAGUACCAAGUCUGCGAAGUCCCUCGCCUGGCCGCUUCUAAGCGUCCUGCUGCUGCUAGAGCUGGUCAUGGACCCCCAAAUCGACGACCUAGAGAGGUCGGGAAACCUGACUCGCCAGAGAAGCAUGGGUUGGGCGACGUCGCGGCGACGACAAAUUCCCGACGACGGUUGA